AUGAAAUGCCCAUGUAACCGUUGUCUUCUUACCAAAUCUUUGUCAAGAGAUGAUAUCGAAGGUGACUUGAUGUGCUAUGGGUUUUUAAGUUCUUACACAAGUUGGAUACUACAUGGAGAGGAAGUGUGUAUCACGGGAAAUGCAAGAUUACCUUCUGAUGUUAAUGUAGUUGAAUUGGAUUCAACUUUGAAUCUUUUGGAUGACAUUUUUCCUGAUAUCAGCAUGAAUAUGCCUGGUGAACAUGGAAACGAAACAACCAGUCAACCAAUGGGCACAGAUAGACCAUCAACUUCAAGUGGAACCUUUGGAAAAGGAGAAAGUUUUGAUGAGUUGUUUGCUGAUUAUAAUCAAGAGCUGUAUCCAGGAUGUAGUAAGUUUACGAAGUUGUCCUUUAUACUAAAGCUAUACCAUAUCAAAUGUAUGUGCAAGAUUAGCGACAAAGGAAUGUCCAUGGUGCUUGAUUUGAUGAAAGAAGCAUUUGCACAUGCCAAAUUGCCGGAUUCGUUUAAUGACAUGAAAAAGGUUAUUCGCAAAUUAGGAAUGACUUAUGAGUCAAUCCAUGCAUGUCCAAAUGAUUGCAUGUUGUAUUGGGAGGCGGAUGCAGAAAGAGAAAUUUGCAAAGUCUGUGAAGCUUCUCGUUGGAAAGAAAAUGCAAAGAGCACAAAUUCUGAAUCAGAGAAAAAAAAGAGUAAAGCUCCUGCAAAAGUUUUGCGUUAUUUUCCUCUAAAGCCACGAUUGCAGCGUUUAUUCAUGUCAUCCAAAACUGCUGCUCACAUGAAAUGGCAUGCAACUGCUACUAACAAUGAUGGUAAACUUCGUCAUCCACGAGAUGGUGGCGCUUGGAAAGAAUUUGAUCAAAAACAUCCUGAAUUUGCUUCUGAUCCAAGGCACGUCAGAUUGGGCUUGGCGACAGAUGGUUUUAACCCAUUUGGUACAAUGAGUAGCAGUUAUAGCGUAUGGCCGGUGAUAUUAUUUCCUUAUAAUUUUCCACCGUGGAUGUCAAUGAAGCAUACAUCAAUGAUCCUUUCUAUGGUUAUCCCCGGAAAACACAUGCCUGGUAAUGAUAUUGAUGUCUACUUGCAACCACUUAUCAAAGAGUUGAAGGAGUUAUGGUUUGAUGGGAUUGAAACGUUAGAUUCUUCGACAAAGCAAACUUUUAACAUGAGAGCAGCUCUUAUGUGGACAAUUAGUGAUUUUCCUGGUCUUGGAAAUUUGUCGGGUUGGAAUACAUAUACAGCAUCAGCAUGUCCAAGCUGUAAUUUUGAUGGAAUCGGACAACGAUUACGCCAUGGAAAAAAAAAUUGUUUUAUAGGUCAUCGUCGAUUUCUUCCUCCAGAUCAUGGGUUUCGUCAGAAUACUACACAUUUUGAUGGAAAAAUAGAAACUAGACAUCCACCAGCCACAUUGACAGGCUCUGAAAUUUUUCAUCAACUACAACAAGUCGAUGUCACCCUUGGAAAGAAAAAUAGUUUAGUUGGAGUUGGAAGAAAGAGAGAUCGAAGUGAUACUGGAAGAUCUAGUACUCAACAGUGGAAGAAAAGAAGUAUAUUUUUCGAGUUGCCCUAUUGGGAAGUUACAAUGUUGCGACAUAAUUUGGAUGUCAUGCACAUAGAGAAGAAUGUGUUUGACAAUCUAGCCUACACAUUGUUGGAUGACAAAAACAAAUCGAAAGAUAAUCUGAAUGCUAGAAGAGAUCUUCGUGAGCUGGGUAUACGUUCUGACUUGUGGCCUGAUGAUAAUGACAAGUAUCAAGCUGCGUGUUUUUCUCUGAACAAUCAUGGAAAAGAUACUUUUUUAAGUGUCUUACAAAAUGUAAAACUUCCAGAUGGUUAUGCUUCUAACAUAUCAAGUUGUGUUGAUGUUAGUGGUCGAAAGCUAGCAGGCUUAAAAAGCCAUGAUUGUCACGUGAUAAUGAGAGAUUUAUUUUCAGUCGCAGUUCGAAAUCUGCUGCCAACAGAUGUGACGUUAACUAUUGUCGAAAUCUGUCAGUUUUUUAGAGACAUCUCUGCAAAAGUUCUUGAUAUCGAUGAGCUUGAUAGAUUACAAGAUCGUAUUGUGGUGACUUUAUGUCGCAUGGAGAUGUUUUUUCCUCCAUCCUUUUUUACAGUGAUGGUACAUUUGAUAGUACAUCUCACAGAAGAGGCAAAACUUGGUGGACCAGUUCCAUUUCGCUGGAUGUAUCCGAUUGAAAGGACUCUAGGAUACUUUAAAUCAUAUGUUCGGAAUCGCGCUAAGCCAGAAGGAUCUAUAUGUGAGCAGUAUUUAGCUGAUGAGUGUAUAACAUUUUGUUCAAUGUAUCUCAAUGAUAUAGAGACACGAUUCACUCGGACUGGCCGCGUUGAUGAUCAGCCUUUAGCUGAUACUAACAUUAGACCACAUUCAGAACUUCCCCUUGUUUUCCCAAACCAUGGAAGAUUUGUUGGAGCAGGUCAAGUUUGUUCUCUUAAUCAUAUUGAGAGACAACAAGCACAUCGACAUGUAUUGAUCAACUGUCAACUACUUGAUCCAUUACGAGAGAAAUAUAAAAAUGAGUUGUUGACGAAACAAUCUCAUCAAAGCAAUAGGCAUCGCGCUAUUGACAUUGAUCGAGAAAUGCAUCUUGAUAUUGCUAACUGGCUCAAACAGAAAGUAGAAUCAAAUGAGUUAGAUGGGAUAACUGAUGAUAUACGGUGUUUAGCUUUGGGUCCAUCCGAUAAAGUAUUGAAGUACACAGCUUAUAAUAUCAAUGGUUGCAAGUUCCGUACAACAGAAAGAGAAGCUAACUUGAAAACACAAAAUAGUGGUGUUUAUGUGGCUGCUGAGACUAUGAGCUAUGCUAGUUCUCGUGAUCCUAACCCAAGAACAGGAAUUGUUCCAUACUAUGGCAACCUUACCGAAGUUAUGGAGUUAAACUACUAUGAAGUUUUCAAAGUUGUUUUAUUCAAGUGUACAUGGGCGGACACCCAGGAUGAACCAUAUAUAUUGGCGUCUCAAGCAAAAAUGGUUUACUACGUUAAAGAUCCGUCUGAGUUAGAGUGGAAUAUUGCAAUUCAUAUGCAGCCGAGAGAUCUCUCUGGACUCCCAAAUGAAAAAGAAGCUGUUUAUGGAGCUUUGAACAAAUGGGUAGCUUUGAUGAUAGCUUUGUAUGCCCACCAUGACCUUCAAGAUAAGGUUAUUGAGGUGUUCGCAGACAUGGAGGAGCUGAAGGUGAGGCCAGACGAAGAUACAGCGAGGAGAGUGGCAAGAGCUUUCAGGGAACUCAGCCAAGAAGAAAAACAAGAACUGAUACCUAAUUAA